AUGAAGGGGACGCUGGAGUACAUGACUGGCCAGUUUGACGAGGAGAUUGCUGCUCUUGUGCAGCAAGAAAAAGAAGACGAGACCCUGUUUGGCCAAGAUGGGGAGUGGACCCAGAAAGCUAUCAAGGCCAUCGAAGCCGCCAAGGAAAGAAUUGACAGCAGCGAGAAUGCCGAGGCUGCCAUCGCACAGCCGGGCCCGAAUCCGUCCAAGCAGCCGGCGCAAGCCGACUUCUACUUUUACAGCUCGCCACCGCAUCUGUACCUGUCUCCUCUCGACAUUCGGAUUCUCAAGACCAAGUACGGCUCCUUCUCCAACUUUCCGUCUACCCUUUUGCCCAGAGUAGAGCACAUCUCGACGGGUCAUGUCGUGGAUGACGCGCUGCGCAAGCGAGCCAAAUACCUCGGCCACCUGCCCCACGGAUGUGUCAUUAGCUUCCUCGAGUGCGACUGGACAGACAUUGUUCCCGCCGAGACGUUGGAAUCUUUCUCUAGCGAGAUCGAGCGGCGUCGGAAACGGAAUCGCGACAAGGCUACGCAGGAGGAAAGAGAGCGUCUGCAGGCGGAACGCCUCGAGGCAGCUGCCAUUCGAGGCACUUUGGGAACACGACGGGCCAUGGAGCCUGUAGAGGAGGAAGCAGCCCCACGGAUGGACUUGUCGGAGUUCCAACCCUUGAGCGGGCAGUCAGGCAGGACACCACCGGAUCCGCGGCCGGGGUUCGCCACCUUGGCUUCCAUGUCGACGAGUCCUUCGACCCAGCGGACUGUAUGGGGCACUCGCGCCAUACCGGGCUCGCCCGAGCUGGAAGCAUCGCAGGCGCCGCUGCCGAGCGGGGUCGACGACGGCUGGCUCAAGGAUGAGGAGCUUCUGGGCACUGCCGAGCUCGCCAUGCAGAUAGAGGCCAUUGACACCAUGGAAACGGGAAACAGUGCUAGCAACUCUGCAGGCGGGAGCAAGAAGGGCAAGAAGAAGAAGCAGAAGAUUACGCUGAUGAGCACGGGGGGCAGGCGAGGCAACUGA